AUGGCUCGCCCAACUUUGUUUAAGACGAUAUUGAUAGGGGACUCGGGUGUUGGUAAAACCAGUUUGAUCAACCGUUAUGUGAACAACCAAUUUUCCGAUGUGUACAAAGCGACGAUUGGAAGUGACUUUUUGAUCAAACCCGUCACGGUCAAUGGGCAGACGUACACUCUUCAAAUAUGGGACACUGCAGGACAUGAACGGUACAGUUGUGUUGUGACAACGUUUUAUAGAGGGAGCGACUGUUGUGUAUUAUGUUUUGAUGUCACGAAUCGGGAGUCAUUCAACCAUCUCGAGAAGUGGAAGAACGACUUCAUUGAAGGUGCAAAUCUGACAAACCCAGGAAGUGUUCCCAUUUUUGUUGUUGGCAAUAAAAUCGACUGUGAUCCAAACACUCGUGAAGUUUCGGAAGAACAAGCCAUGGAAUGGUGUAAGCUACACAACCAUCAAUAUUUCGAAACGUCGGCACUCAACGCUUCAAACGUCGGCGAUUUCUUUAACGCUCUUGCAACUGAAGUCGUCGGCAGAAGAGAAGAGGACCAAGAGCCUGAAAAACCUCAACCAAUCGAAAUUAAUAAAAAACAGGCGAAUGGGGGGUGCUGUUAA